AUGGAUGAGAAGCAAGCAUUCAAGCGUACCAAGCGCUUCAAAAGCGUGAAGGCAUCUUGGGCGAUCAGUGCUGUUCUGAUAACUGCUCUUUAUGUUAUCAUUCUCCAGCUCAGGAAGCUCGAAUCAGACAUUAAGGGUGAGCAGCCAAGUCUAAGUUCCUUCAAGCUUCAUAGCAUAUAUAGACACGGUACUAGUGAUCACUCUUACAUGCAAGUUAUGGAAAUAGACGAUCAGAUCUUAGAGGGAGGAGAAGCGAGGUUUUCGGAAUUUUCAAGUGUUACCAAUGAUCCAGACGACAGCGACCAUGAAAUGUGGACAUCCAGUUCCAAAUAUGCCACAAAAAAUCCUUUAGAUUACGAAUUUGGUCUGUCAUUUCAACCUCAGGUUUUGAAGAGGAUGAGGUAUCGAGACCCUCAAUUUGUGGAGUCUUACAUGAAUUUUGCACACGAAAAUCCGCACAUGGCUUCGCAAGUGCACCUAGACUGGAUUGACGAGACGGUGCUGGUACCAAAUAUUAGUGACAAACAGACCGUGGUUAGUCUAGCACUUAUGUCUUCAGAUGCCUACGUCAGGCUCCCUCACACCGGAGACUGGAGAAAUUUGACAGGGCCUUGGAACCACAGCGUAAACUCGGGCCACGGCUGGAAUAGUGAUGGUCUCAGGGGUCACAUCUUUGUUAAUCAAGAACAGGAUAUUGUUGUAAUUGCAGUAAAAGGCACAAGCGCUCAAGUACUUGCUGGAUCAGGCGAAGACGAAACAACUGUCAAUGACAAAAUCAAUGACAAUCUGUUAUUUUCAUGCUGCUGCGCUCGAAUAAGCUACCUGUGGACCACUGUUUGUGAUUGCUAUCUCAAAUCUUACACUUGUGACGAGACGUGCCUGGAGCGCGAAUUGAGAAGAAAAGAUCGUUAUUAUAAAGCGGUACUGAAUAUAUAUAAGGAGGUGGCGCAAAAAUUCCCAUCAUCCACUAUCUGGGUCACAGGCCAUUCCUUGGGAGGAUCUCUCGCAAGUUUGUUAGGUCGCACAUACGGUCUUCCCGUGGUAGCUUUCGAGGCAGCUGGCGAACUCUUGGCGACAAGAAGACUUCAUUUGCCUAUGCCGCCAGGAUAUCCCAACUACUUGGAGGGUGUUUGGCACUUUGGAAAUACGGGAGAUCCUAUUUUCAUGGGAACUUGCAAUGGAGCUAGUUCUUCCUGCUCCAUAGGAGGAUACGCUAUGGAAACUUCAUGUCACACUGGUAAAGAGUGUAUCUAUGAUGUGGUUAAGGAAAAGGGCUGGCACGUCAACCUUUUAAACCACAGGAUCCAUAAAGUCAUCGACGAAGUCUUGGAGAAAUACGAUGAGCCUGCGAGAUGCAUUCCUCCUGGUCCUUGUCAUGAUUGCUUCAAUUGGAAGUAUGUUCGCGAAGUGAGGUCCUCAAGCUCACCACCAACAAUGACAACAACUUCGUCAACUAUCACCACUAUAACUUCUGAGCCCACCAUUACAAGCAGUUGCGUGGGCCGCAACUGGUAUGGGUGGUGUACGCAAUACUGA